AUGCAAAAUCUUUCUUUAUACAAUACACGAACAAUAUCAUUAUCUGAUUUAACUGGUGUUAAUGUUGUUAGACAUUUUGCUAUUGAUUCAGACAAACAAAUAAUCUAUCUGUUAACUUCUCAUUCUAUAUAUUCAUUAACAUUAGAAAAUGAAAAAAUUAAAUCUAUUUAUUCAUCAACUGAUCAAACAAUAAUAUUAGAAGAUUUAUGUUAUCUUUCUGAAUUAAAUCAUUUAUGUUUAGGUUUAUCAAAUGGUGAUUUAAUAUCAUUACAAUUUGAAAAUGAUUUUGAUGAAAAUAUUAAUGUUAUUGGUACAUUAGAAGAAUGUAUACAUGAAUUAAAAUCAAGUCCAGAUCAACAAAUACUUAUUGCUUUAACAAAUACAAAAGUACUUUUACUUUCAACAUAUAAUGAUUAUGAACCUAUUGCUGAAACAUUACUUGAUACAAGUGAUUUUGGUGAACAACAAUUAGUAAAUGUUGGUUGGGGUUCAAAAACAACACAAUUUCAUGGUUCAGUUGGUAAAAAAGCUGCUCUUGAAACUGUUAAUGUCGUUACAACAAAAUUAAAAUCUGAUGAUGAUGAUGGUCGUAGUCAUAUUGUUUGGCGUGAUGAUGGUGAUUUAUUUGCUGUAUCAUUUAUUUCGUUAACAAAUCAAUGGCGUACAAUAAAAAUUUUCAAUAAACAAGGUCAAUUACAAGCCACAAGUGAAAUAUCAUUAAAUGGUUAUAUUGAAUCAGCUAUAGCAUGGAAAAUAAGUGGAGAAUUAAUUGGUGCUGCAAUGAGAUUUAAUAAUGGACAAAAAUUAACAAUAAGUUUUUUAGAAAAAAAUGGUCUUAAACAUGGAGAAUUAGUUUUAGAAACAGGAGAAAAUAUUAAAAAAUAUGUUCAACAUUUAGCAUGGAACAAAGAUUCAACGAUUCUUGCUCUUGUUCUUCGUCGAGAGAAUGAUUCAUAUAUUCAAUUAUGGUCAUUAAGUAAUUAUCAUUGGUAUUUAAAACAAUCAUUUUCAUUUCCGUCCAUUAAUAUUCAAGCACUUCUAUGGGAUAUUGAUAUAAAUAAUAAACUUCAUUUCAUAACUGAUAAUGGUCAAUAUCAUUCAAUGUCUUGGUCAUGGAUAAGUCAAGUUAGUUAUACAAAUACUCGUUCACUUGUUUUUCUUAUUGAUGGUUGUCAUUUAUUUGUAUCGAAUUUUACUCAUUCAUCAAUUCCACCACCAAUGUCUUCAUAUGAAAUUAUUUGUCCAUUACCUAUACUUGCUAUUGCUUUUGAUGAUGAUCAUGAUAAAUUAAUUCUCAUACUUUCUGAUGGUUCUUUAGCAAUAUGUGGUUCAUCAUCGAGUCUUACUAAUUAUCGUACAAUAAUUCAUCUAUCAGAAAUAAAAUCUGUUCAUUAUGUUACAUCAUUAAUAUCUUCAUCUGAAUCACCAAUUAAAAAUAUUCAUAAUGCAACACAUUAUCGUCUUAUUAAUCAAGAAUUUUAUUUUAUUGAAAAUUCUCAUUUACAUAUAUAUAAUCUUGAAAAUAAAACAAAAAUUAGUUUAUUAUUAAAUUUUAAUUGUUUAACAACUGCAAUUGAUAAUGAAGAAAUUAAACAUUUAUAUUUACAAGAUGAACAUGGAAAAAUAUUUCGUUUAGAUAAUAAUGAAUUACAUGCUAAAAUGCAUUUUCCUCGAGCAUGUUCACAUUUUUCAGUUAUAUUAAAUGGACGAUUUGUUGGUUUAACAGAAAAUUAUCGUUUAUAUUUAAAUACAAUUGAAUUAGCACAUAAUUGUAAUUCAUAUUUUAUUCAUGAUAAAACAAUACUUGUUUAUUCAACAUUACAACAUCAAUUAAUAUUUCGAUCAUUAAUUAAUGAUGAAAAUACUGCAGAAAUUAGUCAUCGAAGAACUGGUAAAUAA